CAAAACAUUAAUCUUCAUUGACCAGGUUAACCUGGGAUGUUACACUACCAUAGGUAGUUUUCGAGCGCAAAAAUGCUGUCUGCCGUCGGUACCUUUGUCGCUGCUUUCGGCCUCUUGGUCCACAUUGCCGACGCUUCAUCAGCAUCAGGGUCAUUCACAUCGAACCAUGUCGAUAUUCCACGCAUUGGCUUGGGGACCUGGCUCUCAGAUAAAGACAAGGUGUCCGAUGCCGUUGAGCACGCCCUGAGCUCAGGCUAUACCCACAUCGAUGCUGCUCUGAUUUACGGGAACGAAGUGGAGGUUGGCAAAGGCAUCGCCGCCGCUGGCGUUCCCCGAUCCGACAUCUGGGUCACCAGCAAGCUCUGGAAUGCAGAUCACCGACCAGCUGAGGCGCGCGCGGCCAUCGAAAAGACAAUUUCCGACCUUGGCGUGGGCUACUUGGAUCUCUACCUUAUCCACUGGCCCGUCGCAUUUGUACCGGGCAAAGGGACAAAGAUCGACCACCACGCACCAAACACGUGGCGCACAUUGGAAAACUUGGUUCGAGCUAACCUGACCCGUUACAUCGGCAUCUCCAACUUCGCUCCCAAGGGUGUCGAGGAAGUCUUGCAAACCUGCACCAUUUGCCCGUACGCUCACGAGUUCGAGGCGCACCCGUACCUGCAACAGCAGGAGUUUGUCGACUUCCACGCUGAGAAGGGCAUCAAGGUGAUUGCGUACUCACCGCUUGCCAAUACGAACCCGACCUACGAUUCAGGCAUCCCAGCCCUUCUCAAAGACCCAUUCUGGAAGGCCCUGGCGAAGAAGAAGAACGCGACUGUGGCACAGGCUGUGCUGGCGUGGGGAAUCCAGCGGGGUACCAUUGUGAUCCCCAAGAGUGUUCACAAUGACUACAUUGACGAGAAUCUGGGCUCCGUGGGGAUCACAUUCACCGAGCAGGAGAUGCGCGCCAUCGCCAAGGAGGACCGUAAGCACCGUAUGAACGAUCCUGGGAAAAGCUGGGGGGUGGAUCUCUUCGAGGGUCUGGAUGACCCCACAACCCCGAAAGAUGCAUUCGAGGAGCUGUAAACGAUAUGAUAUCCUCAUCUGAUAGAUAGCAUGAUGUAUUGCAAUGGGCUAGAUUAUGACGAGAGAACAACAGUUGGAGAAAGGCGAAACGUAUGGAAGUCUAACUUGUACAAUACCUGACUCGUCAGCUAUUUGAUGCCACCGAGGCGCUUGUAACCCCCUCAAGGUCUCUGUUAAGACCCAAGUAACGUAGUAUAAUUACAUCCGGG